AAUUUUCCCGCGGUUUUUGGCUGAAGGAUGAAAAAGUGAGGUUAGAUCUCUAAACUCAAAGUAAUUUCAAUCUUCUUCAUUUCACUCUAUCUUCAGGAACGUCAAAACUUUUGAGUAUCGUCUAAGUGCAAAUAAGUCUUUCAAACGCAAUUUUUUAAUCAGCAUAAUGUCAAGCCCAGGGAGACCGCGCGGCUCGCGAACGCCGUCGUCACAAGCGUCGCCACGCCGCACGACCCCGCGUCGCGGCGCUGCCGGCACGCCGACACAUAGCAGCUCGCAGCAGCCGUCGUCACAGGCGUCCACCCCUCUCCGCUAUGGCGCCGCCAACCGACGUCAACAACCGCAGCAACAGAGUGAGCCCGACUUUGUCGUCGAGCCGUCCGACCCGCUGUCUCUCCCCUCUCUUUCCCCCGCCGCACCCAACUCUGUCAUACAGCCGACUAGUCCGUUUGCUGUCGGAAUGAGUGAGAUAGACAUCAGCUCUCCAUUGAACUAUGGCACUCCCAGUUCGAUGGCGUCGGUACGCACUCCCCGCUCAGGCAUUCGCGGCACGCCGAUUCGCCUGCGACCUGACAUCAGGACAGACCGUCGUAUUCGACAAGUCAACGUUGCCUCUUCCGAUGCUGGAGAACCGUCUUCUGAAAUACAACCAGUAGCCGGCACUCAGAACGAGGACGCGGCGCCUAAUCUGGUGAUCUGGGGCACUGACGUGGUGGUGGCCAGGUGCAAGCAGAAGUUCAAGCACUUCAUCAACAAUUUCGUCGAGCAAAAUGCUGACGAGGAUGAGCGCAUGGACAACAUGGACGCCAACCAACCUCUCUAUCUGCAGAAACUCGAAGAGAUCCACAUUCUGGAAGAGCUCUACCUGAACGUUAACUGCCUCCAUCUUGAGACCUUCGACGGCGAGCUGUACCGGCAGCUGGUGAGCUACCCUCAGGAGGUGAUCCCCACCCUGGACAUGGCCGUCAACGAGAUGUUCUUCGACAAGCACCCGGCCGCCAUCUUGGCGCACCAGAUCCAGGUGCGACCGUUCAACGCGCACAAGACCAAGAACAUGCGUCAGCUCAACCCCGAGGACAUUGAUCAGCUCAUCACCAUCAGUGGCAUGGUUAUCAGGACAAGCAACGUGAUGCCGGAGAUGCGCGAGGCAUUCUUCCAGUGCAUGGUGUGUGCGCUGACAUGUUCGGUGGAAAUGGACAGAGGCCGAAUCGCCGAGCCGACUCUUUGCAGCAACUGCAACACCAACCACUGCUUCACGCUCAUCCACAACCGGUCGCAGUUCACCGACAAGCAACUAGUGAAGCUCCAGGAGUCUCCUGACGACAUGCCGCCAGGCCAAACUCCGCACACUGUGGUGCUAUUCGCACACAAUGACCUUGUGGACGCCGUACAGCCGGGAGACCGAGUGACCGUUACGGGCAUCUAUCGCGCCGUUCCCAUUCAGGUCAACCCGCGCAUGCGCAAUGUACGCAGUGUCUACAAGACGCACGUCGAUGUUGUGCACUUCCGCAAGCUGGACUCGAAACGACUGUACGAGCAGGAAGAGGGAAAAGACCAUAGAUUUUCACCCGAGCGUCUUGUCCUGCUGAAGGCCCUGAGUGAGCGAGAAGACUUGUACGAGCGUUUGGCGCAUGCUAUUGCGCCUUCCAUCUACGAAAACGAGGAUAUCAAGAAAGGCAUUCUCCUGCAAUUGUUUGGAGGCACUAGGAAGACUCACACUACGUCAGGAAGAGCGAAUUUCAGAUCUGAACUGAACAUCCUGUUGUGCGGAGACCCGGGCACGAGCAAGUCCCAGCUGCUGUCAUACGUGUAUGACCUGGUGCCUCGCAGUCAGUACACCAGCGGCAAGGGCUCAUCAGCCGUCGGGCUCACCGCCUACGUCACCAAAGACCCCGAAACCCGUCAACUGGUUCUGCAGACGGGCGCAUUGGUUCUGGCAGACAAUGGAAUCUGCUGCAUCGAUGAAUUCGAUAAAAUGAAUGACGCCACUCGGAGUGUUCUUCAUGAGGUUAUGGAACAGCAAACGCUGAGCAUAGCAAAAGCAGGAAUUAUUUGUCAGUUGAACGCGAGAACUUCGAUUUUGGCUGCUGCUAACCCAGUCGAAUCCCAGUGGAACAAAAAUAAGACAAUCAUUGAAAAUAUCAUGCUUCCUCACACGCUCCUGUCCAGAUUCGACUUGAUUUUCCUCAUUCUGGAUCCACAAAGUGAGCAAUUCGACAGGAGACUGGCCAGACAUCUGGUUUCUUUGUAUUAUAAAUCGCACAGUGCCGAAGAUGAUGAACUGAUGGACAUGGGACUCCUGCGUGACUACAUAGCCUAUGCGAAGGAACACGUGCAGCCGAAACUGACAGACGUGGCAGGUGAAAUGCUGGUCAGCACCUAUGUGCAAAUGCGUAAAAUGGGCUCGGGUCGCGGCCAGAUAUCGGCCUACCCUCGCCAGCUAGAGUCGCUCAUUCGCCUCGCCGAGGCCCACGCCAAGAUGCGCCUCUCCGAAAAGGUCGAGAAGCAGGAUGUCGAGGAGGCAUGGAGACUGCACAGAGAAGCGCUGAAACAGUCGGCGACCGACCCGCUGUCGGGCAAGAUCGACGUGGGCAUUCUGACGACCGGCCUGAGUAUGGCGGCCCGCAAGCGACGCCAGGAGUUGACGCAGACCAUUCGCAAGCUGCUCACCGCCAAGGCCAAGGGCUCCUCGGUCAGCUAUCAGAAGACACUCUCCGACAUCCGCGAGGCCUCGCAGCUGAUGGUUACUCGAGAAAUGUUUGAAGAUUCCGUUAAAGAAUUGCAAGAUGAGGGUGUUAUUAAUGUCGUCAGUCGUAAUACAAUCAGAAUCCUAUAAGAGAAAAAUACUAUCAUUCUGUAUCAGAAACCCAUUAUUAUUCCAUCUGCUAUCAUAAGCACUCCAAAGUAACUUUCAUAACAUUUCAAUGACUUUAACAUGGGUUGAACUUGAAUGCGGACUUGAGAAUUAAAGUCCCCAAUGUAAGAAUUUUUCAGAUUCUUAAUACUAAUUAUUCUAGUUUGAUUCCAUUUUUAUUACCUAUGAACAACUUCUUGAGUCCUAAUUUACCAAUUUAUAUUGUCAGUCAUUCUUCAUUCCGAAUAUAUGUAUUCACUGAUGAAAAUCCUCAGAAUUGUAUUCACCAAUAAAUAGGGCUGAUAAAGCAUUAUAUGAAUACUUUGUAAUAGUAUUUUGUAAAAAUAAAAAAUAUGUUUCUCAAGUU